AUGGAUACUCAAGCAGUUCAAAUGCAACCGAAUUAUAUUGAGGAGUCUGUUCCACUUGAAAUGGAUGAAGGCCCCCCUACAGAUGCAGUUACUGCACAUAAAACGACUCUCAGAGAAAGAAUUUCAUGCGCUCUUCUUGGAAUAGUGCUGUACUUUAUGGACAUACUGACCAUUGGUGCAAUUGGGCUAGGAAACAUUUCAGGAAUGGAUCUGCCAAAAUACAGCAAAGUGAUGUUCUUAAUUGGAAUAUGCAGCUCGCAAAUUAUCUUUUUCCUUUUUUCAUCAUUCACAAUUGGGGUUAUAACUACGCCUAUUUCAGAGAAUUUUGUGACAAUUGCAGGAGUAACAGAAGCACUCAGCCAAGUAUAUAAACUAGAAGGAAGCACGCUUUUUUGGACACUUUUGGUUUUCAUAGCUAUGUCCACUCUUAUGACCAGUUUUGUCUUUUUUAUUCUGUACGUUACAGGAUUCCAGAAAAUACUGUCUAAAGUCCCAGCAGAAAUAGGAAUUGCUCUGUUCUUUGUUAUAGGCUGCUUCUGCUGCAUAUUUGGAAAUGCAAGUUCCAUGAAGAUAGCAGAUAAAAUGAGCUCAGAAAUAGCCCGGUGGAGCAUUCUUGUGAUGUACAAUGGGCUUGCUCUUGUCUCUUGGGGUGUGGCAAAGCUAAUUGCCAGGAAAUUUCCAAAAAUAGGACCAUUUUCAUACGGGCUGGUUCUUUUCGCAUUAAUCGGGCUUUCGUAUAUUCCAAUUCUAGGAGUAUGGGGCAGUAUAGCAAAUGCCAGGAAGAGUGAAUUCCUUCCCCCUGGUGGAAAGAGCUUCUUCAUACUGUUCGACCUUCCUUUAAUGAUGGAGUUUGGGCUUGACAAGGUCGCAUGGAGCUGUAUAUUUACAUUUGACAUGCUUUUAAAAAUGGCAAGCAUUGUGAUAAUUAACCUUGUGCAGUUCCCAGUGAAUAUGCCAGCAAUUAGCACUGGCUGCAGGGUGGCCCCGUCUUUAAAGAAGGAGCUUCUUGCAAACUCAGUUUCUAACUUGUUUAGUUCUGUCUUUGGGGGGUUUUCGACAUAUGUGGUUUCUUCAUCUACAAUUGCCUUGAACAAAGGUGGACCUAUAACUAAAAAGAUAGACGGGCUUAUGUCUGUUGUGUGCUUUUUAGCUCUAUAUCUUGUUGGUCAGACAGCCUUUUCCUAUGUCCCGCAGAUAUGCUUGGACAUGCUUCUUCUGUUUAUUGGGUUUGAUAUUUUAAUGGACUCAGUUAUAGGAAUCUGGAGUAAGGGGCUAUACACCAUAAUUUUCUCAUCGGCUGUGGCUAUUCCUUGCUUAUAUCUUAAUAAUCUGCCAAUUGGAAUGGCUGUUGGAUUUGGAAUAUCCCUGCUCGUCUACCUUAGAAAACUCCAAAAACAACACCUUCCUCUGUUUAAAUCAUAA